CCUCUGAUUCUCUCUCCUCUCUCUCUCUCUCCCCCUCUCUCUCUUCUAUCUUUUUAUUGUUUUCGGUGAAGAAGGGAAGAACGAAGAGGAAGAAUCAUAUUCAAAGAACUUCCAUGGCUUCCAGCUACAAAUAAUCAUCAUCUGAUUGCAGGAGAUCAGAUCCGAGCAACUUUUCGGAGUUGAGGAUCCCAGAGAAGAAACCCUUGGAUUUCUUUCGUUUCAAGUGAUAUAUUUGGGCAAGUAUUGAGUUCUGAAAAGGAACAAGGAGAAGGUUAUAUUUAGAUUUGACCUUGUGUUGAAAUAACUGGUUCACACACAUUUUGGGAUUUCCUUUUUGUGUGUGCUGAAUGGGAAUUUUUGAAGAAAUGGGGUUUUCUGGUAAUUUUGACUUUCUUUCUGCUCCUCCUCGGGAAGGAGAGGAGGUUAUGGAGCAUGAAGCAGAGGCAACAGUGGAAGAGGAUUAUAGUGAUGAAGAAAUGGAUGUUGAUGAACUUGAGAGAAGGAUGUGGCGGGACAGGAUGCUAUUGAGGCGGCUCAAGGAGCAAAAUAAGGGGAAGCAAGGAGCUGACAACGCGAAGCAGCGUCAAUCCCAGGAGCAAGCACGGAGGAAGAAGAUGUCAAGGGCUCAGGAUGGGAUUUUGAAGUACAUGCUGAAAAUGAUGGAAGUUUGUAAAGCUCAAGGCUUUGUGUAUGGUAUUAUCCCCGAGAAGGGAAAACCGGUUACUGGUGCAUCUGACAAUCUCCGUGCUUGGUGGAAGGAAAAAGUACGAUUUGAUCGAAAUGGCCCGGCUGCAAUAGCUAAGUACCAGGCAGAUCACUCAAUCCCUGGUCAUAACGAAGACUGCAGUGCUGUGGCAUCGACUCCUCACACUUUGCAGGAGCUACAAGACACCACCCUCGGCUCACUUUUGUCUGCUUUGAUGCAGCACUGUGAUCCUCCCCAGAGGCGUUUCCCGCUGGAGAAAGGUGUUUCCCCACCAUGGUGGCCUACUGGUAAUGAGGAAUGGUGGCCGCAAUUGGGUCUGCCCAAGGAUCAGGGGCCACCUCCAUACAAAAAACCUCAUGAUCUGAAAAAGGCUUGGAAGGUGAGUGUCCUCACAGCUGUGAUCAAGCACAUGUCUCCGGACAUUGCAAAGAUUCGUAAGCUUGUUCGUCAGUCGAAAUGCUUGCAGGACAAGAUGACUGCCAAGGAGAGUGCUACUUGGCUGGCCAUUAUAAACCAGGAAGAGGCUUUAGCCCGAAAGUUAUACCCCGAUAGAUGUCCCCCUAUGUCAGCUGGUGGGAGUGGUUCUCUUGUAAUAAGCGAGACCAGUGAUUAUGAUGUUGAAGGGGUGGAUGGUGAACCUAAUUUUGAAGUGGAGGAGUGCAAGCCUCGUGAUAUCAAUCGCUUCAAUAUUGGGGCUGUUUCACCAAGAGAUAGGCUUCUGAUGCAACCAGUUGUUGCUCCUCAGAUUAAGGGAGAGCUCAUUGAAACCAACACAGAUUUUGUUCAAAAGCGGAAGCAGCUCAGUGAAGAGGCAACGAUGAUGCUGGAUCAGAAGGUAUACACCUGUGAAUACUCUCAGUGCCCAUAUAAUGAUUACCGUCUUGGCUUUCUUGACAGGACUUCCAGAAACAAUCACCAAAUGAAUUGCCCAUACCGUCCCAAUUCCUGCCAACCUUUUGGAAUGUCAAACUUUCAGAUUAACAAUGAAAAGCCAGCUGUCUUCCCCGUACCCUUUUCUCAACCUAAGCCAGGUCCUCAGCCGAUGAGCCAGACAUCUCAUUUCAAUGUUACAGGCCUCGAUCUGCCAGAAGAUGGACAGAAGAUGAUCUCUGACCUUAUGUCCUUCUAUGAUAAUAAUGCGCAGCAGAGGAGCAAAGACUUGAAUCCUGGGACCCUUAAUGCUAUGGAGAACCAUAACCCAGCGCAGCAAAAAUAUCAAUUCCAGAUUGACGAUAGCUAUUUCGGUCAGGGAGUUGUUAUGGGAGGCAACAUCCCCGAGCAAGCUAACAUCUCAUCGCAGAAUGCGGUUUUCCCAUCAACCGAGGUUCAGUUUGAUCAGUGCAAGGCAUUUGAUUCCCCAUUCGAUAAUAAUCCGAACGAUAAUAUUGUAGACUUAAGAUUCAGCUCUCCCUUUAACAUGGCUCCAGUUGAAUUUCCUGUGGAUUCUCUGCCAAAGCAAGACGUCUCGCUCUGGUACCUCUGAAACAGAAGUCUAUCUUAAGGCUUUCUUAGCUUGACUGCUACAAUAUUUGGAUAAUGGCAGUAUAAUUCUCAAAGUGGAAGCUCAUCUUUUCAUUGCUCUGCAUCAAUUGGAUCUUUCUGGGUUUAUUUGUCUAGUUUUUUGUUGAACUUCUGUAGAUGUUUAAUACUUUAGAGGAACUUCGUUUUUCAACUGCAACUUUAUGUUUCUAGAGAUAGGUUUGUCUAGUUGGUUUUGCUGCUUUUUUCAAGUAGGUUUUAAUAAGGGACAGGAAAGAAUCCGACCCAGUUAUUUUCUGUUGCUGAGAAAUUGGGGCAUUUUCUUGUUGCUUAAGUUAACGUGUUGGGCUGUUAAAUAUUAUUUACAUAUACCUCUAUGUAUGUAAUGGUUUUAUCUUCAAACUUACAUUUAGGCUUGAACUUUGAAGUUAUCAUGUUAAUUACCUAUUUG